AUGAGCGUCACGUACCGGCUUACCCAGGCUCUGUCGGCGCACGGCUGUUUUCGGAGCUACCUGUUGAGAUUCCACCGGGCCGAGGACAGCUACUGCGUCUAUUGCAUGAACCCCGACGACACGGCGGAGCACACGCUCUUCGCGUGCCCCAGGUGGGAGGACGAACGCGCCGUCCUGACCAGGAUUCUCCGACGCCCACCUGAGGCCGGGGACGUGCAGGAAAUCCUGUGCGGCCCUCAGCCCGAUGACCUACCGGACGACCCGGCAGCCCGGCGCAGAAUUGCAGAACAAGCUGACACUAAUAGACGGGAGUUCAUAACCAUGGUGGAAUCAAUUAUGAACUCCAAAGAAGAGGACGAACGUGAAGAACAAGCGGACGAUAGAGCCGCGCUGAAUAGGCGAAGAGCCCGCCAAGGUGCAGCCUGA